AUGAAAAAUAAUUUACACAUUCUUGUUAUUAAACGAUUAUACACGCGUAGUGGCGGGUUGAGGAAACCACAAAAAGUGACAAAUGAUCCUGAAAGUAUAAACAGAAAAGUAUACUGGUGUUUCGAACACAAACCUAUUAAGAGGACUGUAGUCAAUUUGAUAUAUUCUCAUAAUGAAUUGAAAUUAUUUUCCCGAUUUCUGAGUCACCCCAUAGUGGGAACUUCGCUUAUUCAUGAGCUGUCUUUGGAAGGGCCAUACACGGGAUUUCUCCCAUCGAAUGAGGCCUUAAAAUUAAUUAGUACUGAAAGUUUAAGUAAAUUAUAUGAAGAUCAUACAAAAUUAUCUGAAUUUGUUUUGGGUCAUUUUACAAAAGAUUUCUGGUUAUACAGAGACUUGUAUGGAUCCUCCUACCAACCCUGGCUCAUGUACAACGAAAAAAGAGACGCUCCAGAGAAAAUCACAAAUUUAGUUAACAAAGAUCUAGUUGUAACCAUACGUGGAGAAUUUAGAAACUGUGAUCAUUCUAUUUUUUUGGACAAAUCUAAAAUCAUUAGGCCUAACAUGAAAUGCCACAACGGGGUUGUACAUAUUGUCGAUAGGCCCAUAAUACUGAAAUAG